CGUCACGCGGAGCGACACGGGAAGGAGGGAGGUCCCCUCUCGGCCGGGUGACGUCAUCGCGAGGCGACGGAAGAAGAGAAGGGAGAAGGAAGAGGAAAAGCGAGAGCCCCAGAACAACAUAUCCCAAGGAGAUGCCCAAAGUGAAGCGGAGCAGGAAACCUCCUCCGGAUGGCUGGGAGUUAAUUGAGCCGACCUUAGAUGAGCUGGAUCAGAAAAUGAGAGAAGCUGAAACUGAGCCCCACGAAGGGAAGAGGAAAGUGGAGUCUCUGUGGCCCAUCUUCAGAAUUCAUCACCAGAAGACACGCUACAUUUUUGAUCUCUUCUAUAAGAGGAAAGCUAUCAGUAGAGAGUUAUAUGAAUAUUGCAUCAGAGAAGGAUAUGCGGAUAAAAACCUAAUCGCCAAGUGGAAGAAACAAGGUUACGAAAACCUCUGCUGCUUGCGGUGCAUCCAGACUCGAGACACCAACUUUGGAACCAACUGCAUCUGUAGAGUUCCCAAAAGCAAGCUGGAAGUGGGGAGAAUAAUUGAGUGUACUCAUUGUGGGUGCAGGGGCUGCUCAGGAUGAAGAAAACACUGCCCUACCCUCCCACCCCAAGAAGAUCCUAAAUGGCUGACUCUAUACCAGUGACUGUUCAAAUGAGCUAUAACCUUCCUUUCGUAACUAUCCUGUCAGGAACGGAUCCUCUCAGCACUCUGUGCUGCAACAGCCUGAAUUGUAAAUGCAGUAGUGUGUAUUAAUGUCUUGUGGAACCAUUUUGAAAUAAAGCCUUGUUCAUUUCUCCAA